AUGGCGGCCCCCUUGUCCGAGCGGCUCUUCUCGCUGGAGCUGCUUGUUGACUGUGUGCGUCUGGAGGCCGGACCGCCGCCGCCGGCAGUCGAGGUGGAGGAGGAGGAGGGGCGGGAGGAGGAGGAGGAGGAAGAGGCAUCGCCGCCGCGGCCGUCGCGCUCCCUGUGCCCCGCGGUGGCCUUCCGCCUGCUGGACUUCCCCACGCUGCUGGUUUACCCUCCCGGGGGCCCCGCCGCGCCCGCCCCGGAGCCCCGGCCCGGCCUGCUCAGCUUCGGUCGCGGCAAGUCCUGCCUCUUCCACCUGCACCCCGCCACCCUGCGCCGCCGGCUGCUCGCCACCCCGCUGUACACCUUGCUGCUGCAGCUGCCUCCCGGACGCCCGACUCCUGCCCCGCAGCUCCUGGGGACCUGCAGCCUCUCGCUGGCCGCCGCGGCCCGCAAGGUCCUGGGGCCGGCCGCCUCCGGCUGCUCCCACGGCCAUCGAGGAAGUUUCCCUCUGCAUAACCAUGUCGGGGAGCGGAUUGGGGACAUUUCGCUGGGCUACCGCCUGACUGACCUGGGGAGCAGCUUGCUGGGCCACGUGGAGCUGCCUGUCACUUCCACCGGAGGUGGAGUGGAGGGUGGGAUGGUGCGGAAGGCCAUGGAGGUCGGUUCCCAAGCCCAGCAGGAAAAGCAGCUACAGCAGCCAGACUCAGACCCAAGCCUUGGAGCUGCUGGUAGGCCUCUGGAGAGUUUAAAAAACCCGAAGGCACAAAAGGGUUUGAAGGAAGUAGUUUUCCACAGUAAGGCCAACUCUAGUACCACGGGUUCUGUGGAGAAUGGCAAAACCGACUCCGUUUGUUCAAAUGCUAGCCGUGUGGAUAGUGUUAGCUGCCCAGAUGAGGAAGUCGUAGAGUUGGAUAUUGAAACGAACACAUUUUGCCCUCCACCUCUGUAUUACACUCAUAUAACCCAAGAAAAAAGGCCUCCUCUCCAGGGUAAAAUCACCAUUAAGCCUCAAGUGAAUGUGCCUGAGCAAUUGGAUGGUAUUUUUACAGAAGAAAAACUUGUAAAUCCCCCAACAUGUAUUAAUCUUCCAAAACAUACAAAUUCUGAGGCACAUGAUAGUCCUGCAGUGCUUACUCCACAUGUUCAGAAUGUAGGUGCAAGUAAUCAAAGUGCAUGUCACCCUCAAACUGAACAAAAUACAAUUAAUACAAUAAGGCAGUUGCCUUUAUUAAAUGCUUUGUUGGUUGAGUUGUCCUUGUUAUACAACCAACCCGUGGCAAGCCCUGCUCAUGUACAUCCUCACUUAGCCUGGUUAUAUAGAACUGAGGAUAAGUCACCAGAAUCUUCUGCCAAAUCCAGAGGUAAAUCUGAAUCAAUGAAAGAUAAGCUUUCUAUAGGGGAAAAGGAAAAGUCAGUGAGUAUUCAAUUUAAAAAGAACCAAGUUGAAAAUCUUAAGAAAGGUAAAUAUUUUGAAAAGGACAGUGGUGCCCCCCAGAAAAGAGUUCCAAGGGGUAAGCUACUCUAUGGCUUAACAAAUACACUUAAACUACGUUUAAAGCAAACAAAUCCUGGUAUGUUGGUAGUACAUGAAAAGAGAGAACAGUAUAGAAAGAUGCAAGCACAAAUGUUAGGUGCAAAACUCAGAAUUCCAUCGUCCAAAGUUCAAGUAUUAAGCUUUGCAGAACAACAUCAGAAGCCACAUAAGUGUUUAGAAUCAGAUACAUCUUUUGCUGAAAAUUGUGAUUCUUCCAAGCUGAUUAGUGGAGUUUUUGAUGACCCCAGGACAACUAAAGAAAUGAAACUGAAAUGUGCAACUGAAAAGACAGUUGACUAUGGUGAAAAUAGAACCAAUAGGGAAUUAUUGGAAGAAAUUGUGAGUCCUGCAAAUUCCAUUGUUCCAGAAAGGUUUGCUCAUACAAAUAUUUUGGAAGGAGAGGUGGGAAUGAAAGUCCAAAGUCCGUUCAUUUUCCAACAGGUUGCAGUUGUUGACAAAAUUGUAAUAGAUAAAGAUGUAGAUGACAAAACCACUGGUAAUGGCAUUCUUACUGCUAAUGGGAGUGAAAGUAAACCAAGUAAAAAUAGUUGUUCUGAAAGCAUCUCAGAACUAAAAUAUUCAGGUGACUUCACCAGCCCUUGCUAUUCUGAAGAUUUCUAUAGUACUGAAGAUACCAGCAGAAUUUUACAGGCUCAUGAUAGAAGUCCAGGAGCAGAAUAUCCAAAACAUGAUCAACAUACAAGUAAGUCUAGUGAAACAAGACUGUCCAUAAAGAAAAACAGCAGUGAAAAGAGUUUUCUUCUUAGCCCACCGUUUUCAGCUGGAUCACCGGUACACUCAUGUAAAAGAUUUCAUAUUUCAAAGACUCAAGAUAAAAGUUUGGAGGAAGCAUCUAUUAUCUCUACUAGUGAUAUAUCUUCAUAUUGGACUGAGGAAAAAGAAAACCAGAUAAACCAAAAUAGUAUGCAUAAUUCUAAAGUUACAAAGAGUGUUCAGGACUUCUCUACUAAACCUAAACCAAGAAGUGAUUGCAAGUCUUUAGAAAAAAGCCUGUCAAUUCGGACAUCUCAAGUGAGCUCUUACCUUCCGUCUAAUUUGUCAGAAUGCAGUAAACCAGAUCACUUGGAAGAAGACAGCGAUGAAAUUGGUUCACUAAAUAUUUCCAAGCAAUGCAAAGAUAUUUGCGAAUUAGUAAUAAACAAACUUCCAGGAUAUACAGUGUAAAAAUGUGUUUUUUAAAAACAUUUAACUUUUUAUAACCUAUAUGUACUGUUAGUGAAAUAAU